GAACAAAUAACGGCGACUUUUUCUUCAACCAUGGAAACUAGACUAAGCACGGCGGAGACACAUACCCCUUUCUUGGUCCCAAAGCUUCCGUCUUUGAAGAGAAAGAGACCUCCUCAGAUUGAAAUCCCAAAUAUCCUCCAAGAAAUUCAAACUGAUAACCUCAGAUUCACUCACCAAAACGAUGCCGUAUGCUUCGGUGGAAACGGGUUCGGUGUUGUCUCCAGAAAGGGGAAGAAAAAGUUCAUGGAAGACAGUCACAGAGUUGUUCCUUGUUCUGUCGGAAGCUCAGACAAGAGCUUCUUUGGAGUUUAUGAUGGUCAUGGAGGUGGUAAAGCUGCAGACUUUGUAGCUGAGAAUCUUCACAAGAAUGUUCUUGAGAUGCUGAAGGAUUGUAAGGAUAAAGUGGAGAAAGAAGAAGCCUUCAAAGCUGCUUAUUUGAGGACUGAUUGUGAUUUCUUAGAAGAGGGUGUAGUGAGUGGUGCCUGCUGUGUUACAGCUUUGAUACAAAACCAGGAGAUGAUUGUCUCGAAUUUGGGUGAUUGUAGAGCUGUUCUUUGUCGUGGUGGUGUAGCUGAGGCUCUUACAACUGAUCACAGAGCAGGAAGAGACGAUGAACGCGAAAGAAUUGAGAAUCAGGGAGGUUAUGUUGAGUUUCAUCGAGGGGCGUGGCGAGUUCAUGGAAUACUAGCUAUUUCUAGAAGCAUUGGAGAUGGGCAUUUGAAGAAAUGGGUGGUUGCUGAACCUGAGACAAGAAUACUUGAGUUGGAAGAAGAUAUGGAGUUUCUUGUAUUGGCUUCUGAUGGACUUUGGGAUGUGGUUAGUAAUCAAGAAGCUGUUGACACUGUUUUGAGUGUUCAAGGUCAGAGAAAGACACCUAGAGAAAGUGAGGAUGAGAGUUUGUUCAAGGGACUUGUUAAUGUAAGUCCAUCUUCAAAACUUCGGCGAGUUUCGCUUGUCAAGCAACCCAAAUGUGCAAAACACUUAAGUCACUACCACUCAGAGAAUGAAUCUCCUUACCAUGAAGUUGAGAGUCCACCUUCAAAGUCACGGAAGAUCACAGCGUUGAAGCGGGUAAAGAUGAAGUCAGAGUCUUGUUGGGCCAAGGAAGCUUCCAAAGAGCUUGUGAACCUUGCUGUGAGUAGAGGUAGUAUGGAUGAUAUCACAGUGGUGAUUGUUGAUAUCAAACAUUACAAAUGCUGAAAAGUCUCAACCACCCCUCACUCUAUGUUGUUUCAUAUCCUUGAUUAUGUAUGUUUCAUAACAUUAAUU